GAGGAAAGCAAAAGGAGGGAGCUGUGAGGGGACUGCAGCCCAGAACAGCCUGAUUGGGGGAGCAGGGUGGGAGGCAGAAGGUGGCAUCAUCCUGGCUCACAGGAGGCAGCAAGGGGAGACAGAAGAAGAGACUAAAGGUGCCUGCAGCCAGGAGACAGGCAGGCUGCAGGGGCAGAGAGGAGAGCCCUGGGAUGCCAGGCAUUCCCUAGGCCCCUCCGCCAUCACCCCCUCCCUGCUGACACUGUCUCUGUCUUCCAGGUCAGUGAAUAAUUUCCUGAUGACGGGCCCCAAGGCCUAUCUCAUCUACUCCAGCAGUGUGGCAGCCGGGGCGCAGAGCGGCAUCGAGGAGUGCAAGUUCCAGUUUGCCUGGGACCGCUGGAACUGCCCCGAGAGGGCGCUGCAGCUCUCCAGCCAUGGUGGGCUGCGCAGCGCAAACCGAGAAACCGCUUUUGUCCAUGCCAUCAGCUCUGCGGGCGUCAUGUACACGCUGACCCGGAACUGCAGCCUAGGGGAUUUUGACAACUGUGGCUGUGAUGACUCCCGCAAUGGACAGCUGGGGGGGCAAGGAUGGCUGUGGGGAGGCUGCAGCGAUAAUGUGGGCUUUGGGGAAGCCAUUUCCAAGCAGUUUGUGGAUGCCCUGGAGACUGGACAAGAUGCAAGAGCUGCUAUGAACCUGCACAACAACGAGGCGGGUAGAAAGGCUGUGAAAGGGACCAUGAAGCGGACUUGCAAAUGCCACGGUGUUUCAGGGAGCUGCACCACCCAGACCUGCUGGCUGCAGCUCCCUGAGUUUCGGGAGGUGGGCACUUACCUCAAGGAGAGGUACCACAAAGCUCUGAAGGUGGACUUGCUGCAGGGGGCAGGGAACAGUGCUGCCAGCCGGGGUGCCAUCGCUGAGACUUUCAGCUCCAUCUCCAAGAAGGAGCUGGUCCACUUAGAAGACUCUCCUGACUACUGCCUGGAGAACAAGACACUGGGGCUGCUGGGCACAGAGGGCAGGGAGUGCCUGAAGAGGGGCAAGGCACUCAGCAAGUGGGAGAAGCGGAGCUGCCGGCGGCUGUGUGGGGACUGUGGGCUGGCGGUGGAGGAGAGGCGAGCUGAGAUGGUGUCCAGCUGCAACUGCAAGUUCCACUGGUGCUGUGCCGUGCGGUGCGAGCAGUGCCGCAAAAGGGUCACCAAGUACUUCUGUGUCCGCAAGGAGAAGCGGGAGCGGAGUGGGGGUGGCGGGGCCACACGCAAGCUCAAGAGAAGGCUCUAACUUGCCUCUGUUCCUCCAUGGUCCUGUCUGCCCCUCUCCUCUCCUGCUUUCCCCAUCAGCCCCCAGCACCAUUUCCCUAUGGCUUAGCUUUGUUUCAUUCCCAAUCCCACCUCACUGGGGCUUGGGCAAGGAAAAGACCUUGCAUGAGCUCCUAGACCUUGGCCAUGCAGGGCAUUUCACAUUAGUGCAGUGAGUGAUGACUGGGUAGACCCUCAAGUGUUGACAAAACAAGGUGAGAUUUGGUCCCUUCAACACAGGGUCACUCUAUCCAAUGACUAUGGUUUUAUCGCUGAAAACAAAGGUGGUCUUGGUGGCUCCUGAUUUUUUGAGUUUGUCUGUUCCCCAAACAAGCACCUGCUCUGAGCUUUUGAGUGAGAUCAACACUUAGGAAAGCAAAGGAAGCUGAGGUGGCACCACCAUAGCUGGGCAACUCAGGGUGGUAAUCCCUAAAACAGAAGAGGUGUCUAGUACCCUAAAAGAAUAGAAGCACUAGAAGUUUUAAUUGCCUUUUAUUAAGCUCUAUACUAUGAAGGAAUAGAAAAUGUGUGUAACUCCCUCCUGCAGCACGCCAGCCUUCAGGAGGCCCACAGUGUCAAUUCCCAUCCUUUGACUGCUUUGCUAAGACCUCCAGUGCUUUACUCUACAUUGAGAUAGCUGCAAGAUUGAAGCUGCUGCUUGACCUGCCCAAUAAACAGCUGUCCAAGAGUCCCAUCACUCACUUUUUAGACACUUUCUCUGUAUCUCCUAAGCCUCCAGGCCUAGUCUCCCUCUUCACCCCAGCAUCCCUGACAAAGCCCUUGAUUGAUGCCAUAAAGUUGCCCUCACAUGUCUCCAGUCCCUCUUUCCUCUCACAUCUCUCCCAGAGAGGAGCUGCCAGCUGAGCCUGUUCCCCACCUCCUGGUAUACUUGCCAAGCAUUCUUACCCUGUCAGCUAACUAAGUAAGUAUUUCCUCCUAGUCUGAGAAAAAUCAUGUCAGUUACUAUUUAAUGGUCUUGUAAAUAGGAAAGUGAAGCACUUUGAAGUUUAAUUUAUUGCACAGUUACUGUGAUGUAUACGUAACAGUUACCGCUUAUUGUAUAUAUUCUAUAGGCUAAGCAAGCAGCAGGAUGCUUUGGUUGAUGCAUCUCUGUUCCCUUGCCAUGGUUGGGGUAGAGAGGGAAGAAGCUGCCAGCUGCAGGACCUGGGGAAGCUCCCUGCACCAUCACAGUGAUUGCCCCUGGUCUAUGAGGUUAUCAUCUACUUUGCUGUUUGAAGUGUCCUUUAGCCAGAUGAAAAGCCAGCAGAGCUGUUACUGGCCAUUAGACCUGUCUUGUAGCCAGUAUUUGUAAACCAAUAGCCAAUGCAAUAAAUCAGUAGCCAAGUGCUUGCAAAAUGCUGUUGUGUCUUAACUAGUUGGGUGUUUUUCCAUCCAGGCGUGUGUGUGUGUAUGUAUGUAGUUACAGUUCUAGAGACUAAAACCCAGCUGCUUACCCAUCUGUCAUGCAUCAGAAGAACUGACCAGUUCCCUCCAUGCACCUCAACCUCAGCCCCUACCAGGAGAGGAAAGGCCCUGCUCUCUCUUUGAGCUUGCAUCCAACUGCAAUGCAGCUGCCAGGAGGAAAGGGGGGCAGGCAAGGGCCCAGCUGCCCACUUCAGACAUGAUACAUUAAAGAUACUCAUCAGUUAGUAUGCAUCUCUUAGUUAUCAAAUAUCCCCUCCAUCCUAUGACUACUUUGUUGGGGGUGGGAAUUUAGACCUAGGGCAAGCUGGGGUCUCACCAGAGCAAGAGUAUUCAUAUCAAGCAAGAAUCUGGCCCUUCAAAAACUGCAAGAAACAGUCUUGGCCUGUUCUCAGGGAAACCUGAAGCACUUCCCCUUCACACACAAACCACCAGCUGUUUGUGCAAAUGUUCUUAUUAAUACAGUGACCCUGCCUUCAGCCUCCUUUGCAUCUCCUUCAGCAGUUCCUCCAUCCCUCUGUGAUGGGAAUGCAUCUUUGGGCAGGAAAGCAAAGAAGCAGCAAAAGCCUCUCACACAGCAGGGAAAGCCGCAGCAUAGGCUGGCUUGAGGACUACUGCAAGGCAGAGAGGACAGCUUCUACCCCCUUGCCCCUGUGUCCUGCAUUCCACAGCCAGCUAGAAACAUAAGAGAAGAUGUGGAAGCUGUUUCCAAUUUCCUCCCCCUCUUCAGCACAUGGCAGGCUGCGCUACCCCAUCCCUCCCCUGCUGACACUAUUGCCCCACACAGCUGCCCCAUGAAGGCCGUGGCACAGUGCAGGAUGUGCCUGCUGGGCACAGUGAUGCCUGUUGGUGAUGGGGACAUGCAGAGAAGCACUACAAGUGUGAGCCCCACCAUUGCAUGCUCCUUUUCUCUGGGAGAAAAUGGCGACACUGCAGCUGCAAAAUGUGCUGACCUCAGCAGCAGGUCGGGGCCAGAGGGGUCCCCCCUCCCCAGCACAAGGAGCUCUUAGCAGUAAAGGCCCUGCUGCCAUUGUGCAGCAGGAUUGGAUGCUUCCAUGUAUUCAUUUCGGUUUAAUGAAGGCACAUUCCUCAGAGGAGAAAUAUUUACAUUCAGCUUCCCAGGUGGUCACCUUCGCCCAGAUGACACACAAACAGGCAGCCCCCCGCUCCCUUUUCCAAUCCAGACCUCUUUAGAGGGCUCAGGGAGGAGGGGAACAAGAAGAGGGGGGCUGCUGGGGGAGCAGAAUAGAGAAGGGAACAAAAUGCUAAUAAAUCAGCCAGCCAGCCCUUUUCCCCUCCCCUCUGUGGAGUCAAUGGAAAGUGUCAUUUCACAUGCUAAUCCCCCUCCGCUCUCUUCACAACACCUUUUCCGAAAAGUGUUUGGGAAAAGUCCUUGUGGCCCGUUUACAGCUCCCUGCCGUUUCGGAUUCCUUCUUGUCUAAGGCCGCGGCCCCGUGUGGGUCUCUCCCUCCAGCAGGGCUCCUUACAAAAAAAAUCUCAACAAAGACUUUGGAGUUCAUCAGCCUCCCACUGAAAUUCACAGCUGCUGAACAAACUAAUCCCCUCUCUUGGCCUUUCUUCCUUUCAAUGGGUUCUUGGCUUCAAAGACACUUUGGGAAAGGACUUUGUGGGGACUCACACUGCUCACUCAAUAGAAGUUAGUGCAAGCAUUAUCUUCAGAGCAAGUGGCUUUACAAACAAAUACUGCCUAACAAUCUCUGCCCCUCCAGCUCCCCCAAACACACACAAGCCUAGCCUGCAGACAUGAUGUUAUCUGCAACAGGAUUAGAGCUCUGUUCUCUACGCCCAGGGAUCCUUUCCUACCACCCCCCCUAAUUCUUUGUCAACCCAAAAGCCUUCUCACCCAACAGAAAACACUUUCUCUGUCAAGCAGAGCAGGGAUGCUGUGGUAGCAUGUGCCGACAUGGGAGGAGGUGACACUAAGGAGACACUGUCUGUAGACCAGGAGCUGUUACCAACCAUCAGAGACAGUGCUAUAAAUGGAGGAGUGCUGUCAGUGGGGCAUCUCACUUCCCCCUGCCUGGUUUCCCUAUGAAGAGUUUUAGAGACGGUGCUCACUAGGGUAAACCUGAAGCAAAACUGAGCAACAGUGGGACAAAGAAGCAAGCAGGAAAGACUCAGCAAAGGCAGGAUAAAUAGCCAGUCUCUGCAUGAGUCACAGGUAGCAGGAGCUGUGCAUGCUGGAGGGAACUAGUCAAAUGCAUUUGAGAAAUACAUGGAAAAUCCAUCCUUAUUUCUCAGUGGUACAAGUGGCCUGAGUUAAAGAAAGAGGCUAGACUGCACAGGGUACUACAACUGGAUCCAGAAAGGCAGACUCUCAGACAUAUCAAGCUUGUUAAAUGAUCUCAGAAAGCUAGGACUUUCCUUACAUACUCGUUAAGCAAAUGUAUGCCUCCAGGGCUACCUGCUCACUUGUACAGCAUCAGAAGGGGUCAUAACACAAGUGCUGCCUUUGAAAAUCAGCUUUCAUCUCUUUUGAUGGGGGACAGCUGGGAGGCCAGACUGGUUGCUAACUGCUCCCAGACUGGGCUGCAAAAGCUCUGCAAGACUCCCUUACACUUGGUGUUUGCCUCUGCCAGCCACAGAACUAACAAAGGCUCGUUUUCUCUGAAUGCAUGUGCUGUGUCCAUAACACCCCAGAACUCUCAUAAACCCUGGUCCUUUCCAGCAACGGCCCUUCAAAUCUUUCCCAUCCAAACAAUUCGUCUCAACUUUUACUUCCUCCCAAGUCCUCCAACCACAAGUCAGGUAAUAGAGUCCUGCAUUUUUCAGUUUCAUGGUGCUGACUGGCUGGCCUGUACAUAUAUAUUAGCUAGACAGCAAAAAGAAAAUAAAACAUUUUUGAGAUUACAUCAGUCUUUUUGCAGAAGCUAGUUUGCUUCCCCCCUGACUUUAUCCCAGUACCAAUGUUCCACUUCAGCCUGCUUACCUCUGUAAAAGCUUAAAUGAAAUCAGCCAACAGAUACAUGUUAUUAACUAAUGAUAAGAAUUCACUAUUCAGUGGUAUAAAUCUCAUUUCCACACAGGUCAGAUCCUUAUCCUAGUUUAAGUGACAUGGCUUCAGUAGUAUGACAUUGAUUUCCAACAGAAGAGGAUCUUAUCAACGGCUCUCUGUUUACUUACUGACAUACUUCCAACUUCUGAUGUCAAGAGUAAAAUCCCCAACACUACCGUGAUUCCCCAAGAGAACCUCAGCCACCCUGGGGACCUUCUUAUGUCUGAUGCAGAUGAACAGUCACAAUUGAGACGGGUGAUCUGGAGAAGAUCAGUUCUCUGACCCUGCAGCCUUAGGAAGUGGGUAAGGCCUGAGGUCUCACCACACCAGGAUGGCUGCUGCCCACAUCAGCAAAGCCCAGAACCUGGUUUGUCCCACACUGUUCACAGUUGCCCCCCUCGCCAAAGCAGAGAACUCAGCUCUCAGUGGGUGGCCCUGAAGACUGAGUGAAGUCCCCUGUAGCCAGAGGUCACAAGUCUAUGAAAAAAAGCUAGCAGAAUCACAAAACACAGCUUUUAUUUUGCUGUUCUGUAAUCAGUGCAUCAAACCGCAGCAAUAGAAACAACACAGCAGCAACAAGGAGGCACUUUGACCUGGAAAGGAGAGAAUGAGACAUGUCCUCUUCCUCCCUUCUCUGCUUCUCUUCCCUCCUGUGUCUCAUGGUAGAGCAGUUUGAUUCAUGUCAGUCACUGAACCACAGGCCCACGAUGGCAUUAUCACUCAAGCAGCAAGCAGAGGAAGCAGGGGCUGGCUGCAGCCAAAUGUCAGGAAGAAGCCUUUCUCCCAGAUAGGGCCCAAGGAUUAAGAUGCCUGGUUAGCAUGAAAGAGGGUGAGAGAGAGGAAGGCAAGGAAGGAGGAAGAGAGGGAAAGAGACACUCACAGAUGUGCCCUAAAAGCCCAUCUGCCUUCCCAGACUUCUUCCUCAGGACAGAUAUGCUUCAUUCAUCUAUUCUACCCCAGAGGAUAUGCCACAGUGAUGAAAAGCCUCAGCACAGCCAUAUCCAUGAGACCUGACAGCAUCACCUCCUGCAGGACAUUUCUACCACCAUAGUGCCAAGGGGCCUUUGAGAACUACAUUUCAACAUAACUGUUACUGUAGGCAGAAAGAAUGCACCACACUUGGAGUAGUGAGCUGUCUCCCCCUGCUCAAGUUUGGUCUGGUCAGAGUAGCUCAAGGGGAUUCUUUAUGGGACCUGAACAAUCCCUGCUGCUCUUAAAGUCCCCAGACUGUCUGAAAAGCCUGAUGUAGGAAGCCUUUAGAUAGCACAGUUGGCCUUUUGCCCACCGGUGUUAACACAAAGGAAAAAAGGCCAGGAGCCAGAGAGGGUGGCUUUUAGCCCAAACCCAGGAUGUGACCAGCUCUGGGGAGGAGCACACAGAACAUUCCAACCUGCUAGCAUUCCUGAAUGGGAAAGUUCCAGGAGUUAGAAGGGGGAAUCAGCCCUAGGCCUGAAACAUAAAGGGCUCAAGCCUGCAGCUUAUGGAGGAAAAGAUAUAAAGGAGGGAGGAAUAGAGGGUAAACAGGACACGACUAUAAAAAGAGGUCUAGGUGAAGAUGAGAUAGAACCAAAGCUAGCUCAGAGGAGGCUGGUAGUUAGCCCUAGUUGUAGCAGAAUAUAGGUACAGAGGGGUGAGAGGGUGAGUCAAGGAUGAGAAUGAAGAGAAAGGAGGAACCAGAGGAGAUCCUCACUGCAGCCCAACAGAGCAGGGACACCGCAUCUUAGGUCCCAAGGGAGCUCAGCUAUCACUCGGGCAAUUUACACUGCAGCAGGGAAUAAAGCCCAAGGCUCUUCUGUCUGGUGACGCUGCAGGUGCCAGCCCUGUUUGUCUCCUUAAAAAAAAAAAAAAAA